AUGACGCUCAAGUCACUUUCAUCUCGAUCCGAGCAUUUGUCCCGACUAAAAGUAGAUGAACAUCUUGAACCGAACAAUCUCUUGUCAUUGGAAAAGCAUGUAGAAGCCAUAAACACGAGCAAACCGAUGGAAACUACCAAAGCAAAACACUUUUCCACUAAUGAACCCAUAGACACAAGCAAUGACCAGGUUAAACUCUCGAGAGGUCGACAAUUGUUCAAUUGGGUGCAACAUUUACGUCAAACCUUUAAGACUUCGACCCUCGUGCUGAUCAUUGUCGUGUAUAUUGUACAAGGUUUUGCGAGCUUCACAGCCCUUGGUAUCAAUUAUUUUUUCAAGGAAAACUUAAAUCUACAGCCAACGCAGUCUCAGAUGCUUCAAAUGUUAAUGAAAAUGCCCUGGAGAAUCAAACCAGUCUAUGGGAUUCUUUCAGAUUCGUUACCAUUGUUUGGAUACCAUCGCAAGUCCUACAUGAUGUUGUGUAGUAUCCUGGGUACAAUUGCUGCAUUGACGUUGGCAGUCCCUGAUCUUGUCACGACACCAAGUGUGGCAGUACUGGUGCUCAUGGCACAAAGUCUAUCGAUGGCUGUGAUUGAUGUGGUGAUCGAUGCAAGGGUGGUGGAAAUCUCAAGGCUGGAUCCGAAUAAUGGGGCAAACGAUUUACAAUCAGUCUCAUGGAUUGCAAUGUCACUGGGUGGCAUGAUUGGUGCUUUCCUGUCGGGUCCUGCUACCAAGAGUUUGGGCGUGCGUGGGGUGUUCGGCGCUUCAGCGUUGGGUCCGCUCACAACGUUACUGUUUUCCAUAUUCAUGGAGGAAUCAAAGAGUACGCUGAGUAAGAGUCAAUUUGUGUCCUCGGCGACGACACAACUUCGGCAACUCAAGACCGCCAUUUGUACCCCGGUAGUUUGGAUGUGUGCUCUGUGGGUGUUCAUCUCACAUGCAAUCAGCCCAGCGUAUUCACAGAUUGCCUUUUACUUCUCGACCGACGUGCUUCACUUUACUCCCGAGUUUUUGGGAAUUGUAUCAGCCAUUGGCUUUAUUUUUCUGAUGGGAGGAACAAUGUUGUACAACUUGUUCUUCGCAAACGUGUCAUUUCGCCGAAUCUUCCUAGUCGCGCAGCUAUCCCUGGCUCUCGUGUCACUGGCAGAUGUCGUAUUGGUGACGCGUACUAAUCUUGAACUCGGCAUUCCAGACAAGGCUUUUGUACUUGGUGACCACGUGAUUGCAGAUGUAAUAGGCCGGUUGAAAACCAUGCCAAUCAUGGUUCUCUGUGCCAAGCUGUGCCCCAGGGGUAUCGAGGGCACGCUCUUUGCGUUACUCAUGUCCAUUUCUAACGUUUCAAACAGUGUUAGUGAGUUUUGGGGUGCUAUGCUCUGUGACUGGAUGGGUAUUGCCAAGGACGAGUACGAUAUGUUGGGGACGGCCAUUGUCGUGCGCAGCGCAUUGAAACUAGUGCCCAUUUUCUUUCUCUUCUUGAUCCCCACUUCAGACCCACAAGAUAUUAUCGACAAGCUCGACCUAAGCACACCAAGCGAGGAAGACAAUGAUGAAAAAAUCGGCACGAUUCGACAAGACCACAAAGUAGAUACCUGCUCACCUUCAGAAAUGAAAGUUUUGAAAGUUACGGCCACUGCUGUCCUUUGA